CAGAGACAUAUACACAUUAUUCCAUUACCACAUGAAUAAAUAUUAUACAAUUGUAAGUAGCCCUAUAAUCUGAUAUUUGGGCCCAGAGGAGGCAGGGAGCCCCUAUAUGUUUUCCCUUCAAAGCAAAUGAAAUGUUGGCUGGUCCUCAAGUCCCCUUGCCCAACCCCCACCCUGCCUGAUGUUGGUCUCUCUAUAGGGUGAGCCCCUCGUUAGAUCAGCAUCUCCACAUUCAUUCAUUCCGUGUGGCAGGCAGCAGCAGCAGCCUGCAGUUUUGACAAUAUCUGCAGUGAAACACAUUUAUGGGACCUUUCAUUUGUUCAUUUGUAUUCACUGAGUAGUAAGGCGUGCUUGGUGAUACUUGUCGAAGCGAUUAAUUGACUUAAUUGAGGGAAAAACCUGGAGAUUCAAGCGGAAGGUUCAUUCAAGCGUUGUGGCAAGUUGUGGUUGGUACAGUAGAUGCAAUCGGCUUUAUUCGGGAUGCACGUGGUGAUGCCGAUGAUGCUUAUUUGGAGUAUUUAUUGACAAGACGAGGAGAGGAAAGGGGGUUCAGAGCCGGAGGAAGAUGUGGAGGGGGUGAUGCUCCUCCUCCUCCAGGAUGGGAUCUUUGUUGAAUUACCCGCUGAGGACCGCCGGCAGCAGCUCGGACGGGACGGAGGACUCGGAUUUUUCCGCCGACCUCGAGCACGCCGAAGCUGCCGAGAUCGUGCACAGGCGCAGCAGCACGCGCCUCACUCGAGCUUCACUGCGCCUCAGCCGCAGCUCACAAGAUAACUGCAGCUCGGUACGGAGCAGUUCUCCUGCAGCCGCGGGUCCCGACGAAGGCCCUGAUUCAGCAGCAGAGUCGGCAGCAGCAGCGGCGGCAGUGGCAGCGUCCGUCUUCUCAUCCGGGCGCAGGAUCACACGCAGCCAGCAGGGAGCGACAAACACCACGGCCAAAAAAUACCCACUGCGUCAGAGCAGGUCGUCUGGCUCAGACACCGAGGCUAAUGCAGACCUGAAGCAGGGGGCGGACCGGGACGAGACCCCUCCUCGGACCCCGACAGGCAACGCCCCGUCCUCCGAAUCCGACAUCGAGGUUUCCAGCCCCAGCAACGACCUUGUGUCCUCUAGCAACGAUAUCGUAGUUUCACAAGAGGAGGACGAGAGGUUGGCCAAAGAGCUGUCACUCAAAGAGGCCGCCGCCCACGACCUCUCCCACCGACCUAAGCGACGGCGCUUCCACGAGAGCUACAACUUUAACAUGAAGUGUCCCACGCCUGGGUGCAACUCAUUAGGUCAUCUAACAGGGAGGCAUGAGAGACAUUUCUCCAUAUCGGGAUGUCCUCUCUACCACAAUCUUUCUGCUGAUGAAUGCAAGGGCAAGGCAUCGACUCGCGACAAACAGGCCGAAGAGAGGACGCUGUCACACCGCCAGGACGAGAACAGACACUCCACAAGAAACCAGGCCCCGACAGAUCGUCAGCUGCGCUACAAGGAGAAGGUGACGGAGCUGAGGAGGAAGAGGAAUUCUGGCCUCAAUAAGGAUCAGAAGGACAAGUACAUGGAGCACCGUUCGAGCCACGGAGCGAGCCGGGAGCCGCUGCUGGAGAACAUCACCAGCGACUACGACCUCGAGCUGUUCAGGAAAGCGCAGGCACGUGCGUCGGAGGACCUUUCUGCAAACCCUCCUCAGCAGCCACAGGAGGAGUCUGAGAUAUUUUUGGAAAAACUCCGUCUGGCCGGCCAGGUGUCGGAGGGCAGCAACAUGAUAAAGACCAUCGUGUUUGGCCGCUACGAGCUGGACACGUGGUACCAUUCUCCAUACCCAGAGGAAUACGCCCGCCUGGGGAGGCUCUACAUGUGCGAGUUCUGCCUCAAGUAUAUGAAGAGCCAGACCAUUCUGCGCAGGCACAUGGCCAAGUGUGUGUGGAAGCACCCUCCAGGUGACGAGAUCUACAGGAAGGGGAACAUAUCUGUCUUUGAGGUGGACGGAAAGAAAAACAAGAUUUACUGUCAGAACUUGUGUCUGCUGGCGAAGCUCUUCCUGGACCACAAGACUCUGUAUUACGACGUCGAACCUUUCCUCUUCUACGUCAUGACCGAAGCUGACAACACAGGGUGCCAUCUAGUCGGAUACUUUUCCAAGGAGAAGAACUCUUUCCUGAAUUACAACGUGUCCUGCAUCCUCACCAUGCCACAGUACAUGAGGCAGGGCUACGGCAAGAUGCUCAUAGACUUCAGUUACCUGUUGUCCAAGGUGGAGGAGAAGGUGGGUUCACCGGAACGCCCCCUGUCUGACCUGGGCCUCAUCAGCUACCGGAGUUACUGGAAGGAGGUGCUGCUGCGCUACCUGAACAAAUUUCAGGGCAAGGAGAUCUCCAUCAAAGAGAUCAGUCAGGAGACGGCAGUGAACCCGGUGGAUAUCGUCAGCACACUGCAGUCCCUACAGAUGCUCAAAUACUGGAAGGGAAAGCACCUGGUUUUAAAGAGACAGGACCUCAUCGACGACUGGAAGGCCAAGGAGACCAAACGCGGUAAUGGCAAGACCAUCGACCCCAAAGCCUUAAAAUGGACACCGCCUAAAGGGACGUAGAGGAGCUUUCUUUCACACUCCAAAACCCAAACACACACACAUACACAGACAGAUCCUCCACCGUACACUGGCAUGCUCACAGACCCUGAGACUAAACCCUCACAAACACACACAGUCUUGUACAAAACGCUUUCAGCAGCUACAGCACAGUCGGCUACACGCCGAGUCCGCCGUUGCUCUGGGUUCAGCAGUCACCGUCAUGGCUCGGGAAACUGGACUUCAGUCCAACAAAUAUAACAUUAGUUCACCAAUGUGAUGCCUUUCCAGAGUAUUUGUUUGGACAUUUAAAAAAAAAAAAUAUAAGAAAAUGAGGCAAAUGUGCAUAAAUCUGGACCUAAUUCAUGAAUGAUCACCUGGCUAUGUGUAGUUCUGGCUCUGCAAAGUUUGACCAAGCUGUAGUCAGAGUUGCCAUCAUUGGAUCAGGGAGGGCUUCAUUUGAAACAAACACUUAAAAUUGUACAUGUAAGAAAACAAACAUGCAUAUCACUAAUGGUGAAUUAAUUUUUAGCAUCAUAUGAAGCAAAAACAAUAUUGCAGCAUCAGAUGUCCUUAAAUACUUUAUAUUAUUAUACUUAAAUUGUAACAAAAGAGUUAUAAUUGGAUGUACUGAAAGCACAAUAUAUUACUCCACAGCCUAGUGUUUAUAUUUAGGUCAUACAUGUAAACAAUUACUUACUUAAAUUACAGUAAUAUAUUACAUGGAUUUUUGGGAUUUUGCUAAUUUGAGUGGAAUUUUAAUAUUUGUUUUAAUUAGUUGGUUCAUUUAUAUAUUUUACACAAUUUAUUAAAUGUGAUUAUUAAUUUAAUGUCUUUUAAAAAAACAUGUAUUUAAUACUGAACACUUUGGUCUUCCAUAGUAGAGAAUCAGCUAUUCAUCAUCUAUGUUUAGAUUUUUGAUUUCAGGCUCCAACUCAGAUUCUGGUCCAACAAACCACAUGACUAAAAUGCAAAAUGAUGAGCUUACGCAGCAGCCAGUGAUGUCCGUCUGUACGUAGGACCGCCGCUGAUACCUACCCGACCUCAUUUGUUAUCUGAAAAGUGAAAGUAAAUGUGCUUUGUUAGCGCACCUCCUCCCAGACACUUGAUUAGCACAGCGGACCUGGCACACCCCCUAAUCCAAUCUGCGGCAGCCGGUGUUGAACCUGUGCUGCUUUUCAUUCUGUCCUCGAGAUGGUCAACACAACGCAGGUCGGCAGCACGCUGACUCAUGCAAUGCAUUUCGGCAGACACUGACCAGCUGGCUGUGAAUAAACAGGACAAAAUACAUAAUGUUUCUAUGAAUAGCAACCCCGAUCUUGAUGUACCAUUCAGGUCACAUGACUGAAUUGAGAGUUCCCAAAUUGACUUUAAAAGGAAUUUGAUAAUUUCUUUGAGAGUUGAAAAAAAAAAAUGGAACAGGAAUCAAAUAUACGGAAGCCCUGAGAGGC